AUGUCAAACAUCAAUAAUAAUCAUAAAGAAACUCUUUCCCAUAAUAAAAACCCCAAUAAUGAAAAAGAUAUUUUAUCUUUAAAUACAAGAUCUCCCAAAAAAGGAAUCUGGAAAAUUAACGCAUUAAGAUCAAAUGAUAAAAUUCAACGGCAAGAAAAUAAUUUGCAUUUCCUUUUAAAUGAUCCGCAGUUUUUAAAGAUAAAUUCUAGUAAAUAUAAAAAUUAUUAUGAAAUCAGUAAAGCCCAACAAAUAGGUCAGAAAGGCAAGAAGGUAAGUAAGCAAAAAAAAUUACAAAAGAUAAAAAAAAAAAAUAAUACAAAUAAGCGUUUCACACAUGAUAGUAAUAUAUUAGCUACAAUACCUUUUCUAGAGCAUGAGUUUAAUGAAAUCACUUUGGAUAACGGUGGUACCAAUAAUAUGAAUAAUAUAUUCUUUAGCUUUUCAUCAACAGACCCAACUAUGAAUAUAAUAGACUUAAGUGAUAUAACUCAGCUUCGAUCUGAAAACAAGACUGCCAGAAACAACGACGAUUUUCAACUCUUUCUAAAACUUUGUAAACAAGUUACUAAUCCACUCAGGUUUGAAAAUUUUUUCCAUGAUUUAAAAAUGACAUUUGUACAAAAUAGUUACCAGAUAAAUCCCAUAUUAGCUUCAAUAAAAAAUGAUUAUAUGCAAACCAUAAAAGAAUACAAUAACCUCUAUAGUUUUUUUUUUGAUAAUCACCAGCAAUAUCAUUCUUUUUUAGCGGAACUCAUAAGCUCUUUGGAAAAUGAUUGGUACUAUUUAAAUAAAGAAUGUGAUAUUGAUAAAACAACAUAUACAGAUAAUUUUACAUAUUAUUAUGACAAAUAUCCUAUUAUGGAUCAACAGUUAUUUUUGAACAGUGAGCUUAAUUGGAUAAAAUAUUGGCGUAAAAAUGAGGAAAAUAAGAAUUUAGGAUUAUUGAAACAGGAGGAAAAUAGAAUUUUUGUGAAAAAUUAUAGUUUGAAGAAAAAUUGUACAAUAUAUGAAAGAAAUUUUUCACUGUUAAUGAUACCUGCAAUGGACGAGUACAAAAGUUUUCACUAUAUAUUUUGGUAUGGAUUAUUACCUAACAAUUUGAAAAUUAGUUGUGAUACAGUAUUCCAUGGGAGUCAUACUAGUGAAAAGAAUGUUAUUCCAGAAAUUUUAUUUUUAACUAUAAAUUUCUGGGAAACGGAGACUGUGAAUAUAAAUAGUGUUGAUACAGAAGCUAUUAAGCCAAUAAAAGAAAUGAACUUGGUGAUAGAGGUAUUUUCUGAAAGUACCAUUAGAGAGAUUUUAACUCAAAAAACUAACAAAGACAACGUGAUGGGCUAUAAUGCUUGCACCUGUGUUAAAGAAAAAAUAUUUCAAGACUACAAAUUAACGGUAAUUGUUUUAAUUCCAUAUAUAAUCAAUGGGGAAAUAUUAUAUUAUUUUACUUUAAAAAAUUUUUUCAAACUUAUUGAAGAUAUUAAUGUCACGGACAGCUCAAUGGCAACUGGUUCAAAGUUAAGAGAAAGAUCUUUUAGAAAAUAUUGUAAAAGUCAAAGUUUUAAAUUUGAGAAUUUUACUGAAAUUACAAACGAAAUUACAAUUAGCCAGGAAGAAGCAAAAAUUUUUGAAGAAACUGGAUUAAGUCGUGAUGACAUAUGUUGCGAGUUACUAUACAUAAUUAAAAAUUACGAUGAAAAGUAUAACAAAGGUAAUUUGGGUCAUAAAUAUGGUGGUAAACACAGUGAUAGAAUACUGCAACUUUUCCCCAAUAUUCAUGACAAUGAAUUAGCUAUAGAAAGGACUAGGUUUUUAUCGUUUUCCAAGUUUGAAAGUCUUUUGGUAAAAUAUAUAUUUUUAAAUUAA